ACUGGCGAAUAGCAAAAUGAUCAACUCAACGAGUUUUUCCUUGCAGCUUCGUUAAGGCCUUAAACGACAACACCAAAUACGUGAUGUUAUUAGAAUUCCUGCUGAAUUCGGUCGGUUUAGCUGCCGGAAUAAUUCAGUUGGUUGUGAAAACCACAACUGGUGGCUUUGUGGCAUUUCUGACCAUCGUCAUCUUAUUGUUGUCGCAAAUUUUUAUUCUAUCAUGGAGCGCCAACGAAAUUUCUUUGGAGAGCUCAAAGAUAUCAGACGCAAUUUUCGAGAGCAAUUGGGAGGAUUAUAGCCAACGAAUCAAGGCGUAUUUUAUUACAAUGAGCAUGGGCGCCCGGAAGCCUUUAGGACUGACUGCUGGUCCAUUUUUUCAAAUGAGCACGAAUACAGCUAUCAGUACGGUCAAAGUGGCCUACACUUAUUUAUCGUUGAUGCUGCAAAAUUUUGAAGUGUAA